AUAGUCUACAUGGGCUGGACGGAAGAACGGGAACAAGACUCCCUUCAGGAUCGAAUGUACACACCAAAGUUUCUAGCACUGAGGGGAUCUUCCCUGUAUAAAUUUAUAGCACCUCCAGUCACAACCUGGGAUUGGACACGAGCUGAGAAAACAUUUUCUGUUUAUGAGAUAAUGUGCAAAAUUCUCAAGGACAGUGAUCUACUGGACCGGCGGAAACACUGCUUCAGUGUCCAGUCUGAAUCUGGAGAAGAUCUUUACUUUUCUGUGGAACUAGAGUCUGACCUAACACUAUGGGAAAAAGCCUUCCAAACAGCAACUUUUUUAGAAGUUGAACGGAUACAGUGCAAGACGUAUGCCUGUGUUUUGGAGAGUCAUCUUAUGGGACUUACCAUCGACUUUAGCAUGGGCUUUGUCUGUUUUGAUGCUGCCACAAAG